GGCGGAUGGCCGUUGGUGCCGCCAUGGGCAGCGCUGAGGGCACAGAUUGGGUUGAUGUUGCCAAUGAUCUUUUAAGGAGCUGUCACAUAAACCUGCACAUAAAGCAUCUCUCAGAAUGUGGUGCUGACGUGUUUGUUUGUCUUUACGAGUCAAUCUUAGGAGAAAAAGUACCAGAUUUCAUAGCUACUCCCAGGAGCCAAGAGGAUGAUGCACAUAAUGUACAAGCAGUAAUAGAUUCCCUGGCACUGGACUAUUUGCAGGUCAGCUUGUCUCACAUCACUGGUGAGAACAUUGUGAAAGGAGAGAGGGAAUCUAUCAAAAAUCUCCUUGAAAUAUUUGAUGGUUUGUUAGAGUAUCUGACAGAAGCCAGUGAAUCUUCUUCUGGCACUGGAGCUGAGGCAAAUGUGCUGUCCAGUAAUGAAACUCAAACUGCAGCUAAAGAGCAGCUGGAAAGCAAUGCUGGUCAACUUACAGAACAUUCAAUAGUCUCAUCAGCUGGAGGGUCCCAGUCAGAACAUUUCAUUCUAACCUGUGAUACAGAUGGCUCAGAAUCUACUGGUGAAUUGAUUAGACUUGGAGACACUGCUCAUUCAUUUUCCAGGAGAGAGGAAGAAUUUCAGUUUCCUAUACUGUUACUGGCAGAAAAGGACAAGGGGGUGGAAGAAUCUAAAAGCUCAGAGGCUUUUGCAACAUUGCCCAGGCAGUUCUCUGAAGGUGAGAUUGGAAAGGAAGAUGGAUGGAUGGAGUCUGUUCAUGCUGCUGAGCCUCACAAAGAGGGUUUGAGUGCCAGUGCUACAAAACUGGGGGAGCCCAUCCAGCAAGCCAUUCCUCUGCUCCCCCCCUUCCAGCCUUCACAUCCUGGAUGGAGAGAUUACCACAGCUCAGACAGACAGGCAGCAGCUUUGGCAAGCAGUCAGGGAGUGAAAAUUCCUACUCUUGAAAAGUCACCUACUGAAAAAUCUGAUGUUGUUUCUGGUAGUCUCCUUCUAUCAAGAAAGACCCCUGAAGGCACAGUGCAGCCUGAAGCAUCACCUCACACUUACCUGUCAUCUGCUGCAGUGGGAUCAGGUGAUGCUGAGGACAGUGUGAUAAAGGUUCCUCUAGUACCUGAGCCUUCUACAUCUGUGUCCUCUUUAGAUGAAAAAUCCUCACUACAUGCUGAACAAUUAACACAAAUUCCAAGACCUGAAUCCAGGUACCUGCCUAGAACAUCAAGCAGAUAUGAAAAUUCUACCACAGAUUCAUUUGAAGAUUCCCUUUCCCAGGGACCAGCACAGAAGAAGCUUCCUGAGCAAGAGCUUCAUGAAGCAUCAGAAAACCUGUCUCGCAGGCUCAACGAACUGGAUUUAAUGUUAAAGAGAGCUUUGGGUGAGUGCAGCAGAGAGGAGCUGACAGAUGAAGACAACCUGUCCCAGCACAGUGACAGUGUCAUGGACUAUGGCCACAGGACAGCUGGGAGAGCUCCAAGGUACCCAAACAGGCCUCGAUCCCUUUCUCCACCCUCACGUUUAUAUCAGCACCAGGAAGAUAAACUUUGUGGUAAUGAACAUAUAAAGACAAUCCGCUGCCAGCUGCAAAAAGAAAGGGACGAAAGAACAAGGAAAGCAAAGGUGGUCAAUAAAGCUUAUGAAGAUGAACUAAGGAUUUAUGAAGCCAAGGAGAGGCUUAAACUUUGCAAGCUCAGAGAAGUCCUCAGGGAAAUUGAACAAGAAUACAAAGAAAACAUCUUUAAAGAACCUCCAAAAGUGUCUCAGCCAGUGAAAGUUUAUUCUAGAAAAACCACACCUCGGAUUCCCAAAUACAGCCAGUGGAUUCCAAAACGAGGGGCCAUGAAGCCAAAGCAAGCAGAUCCAAUGAUGAUAAGGGACAAUGACCUCCUGGUGAAGCUGCUGGAAGAGUUUCCCUCCCUGCACAUUUCCCACCGCACCCUGAAUAAAAUGUGGGAGCGGCAGCUUGCACAGACAGAGCACCUGCAGGCAGCUCCUGGCAGACCUAGACCCAAACUCCUAAAUGAAGUUCAACAAGCCCUGAGGAAGCAACAGCUUCUUGCUGCAAUUAUUAAAAAAGAUCAAGAGCACAGCAGGAGACUGCACGAAUUCAAGACCCGCAUCUCCCGCCAGCUCUGGGCUCAGAACAAAGUGACAGAGAAACGGCAGCAAGUGGCUCGAGCCAGGAGAUACUACGAGGAUUACAGGGUGCAGCUGAGGGCCAAGCUGAUGAGAGCCAGGACACGGGAGGAGAAGAUAUUUAAAAACUUGUUUGAAGAAGGCUUAGAAAUUCAGAAGCAAAGACUGAGGGACCUGAGAGCAUACGCUCAGGAGAAGCGUGAUGAGCAACGGAGGGAACACCAGAACGAGCUGGAGUCCAUGGAGAACUACUACAAGGGUCAGUUUGCCAUGCUAGCAGAAGCUAUAUCUCAAGAAUUCCAAAAAAUCCAAACCAGGGAGAAAGCACAAGCACAGAUGCUACAGAAAUCAAAAAGAGAGCUAAGAUCAAAGAUGGAAAAGGAAAUACAGCAACUGCAAGCAGCAAUCAUGCACAAUGAUGAUGACACCUUUUUUCAAGAACUAGAAGCAGACAGACUGAGGUCUAGACUUCAGAUGGCUUCCUUCCAGUACAGCCAAGGCCAUUUCUUUUAAGACUUAGGUAAAUGUCACUGGCUAAGAUGAUGAAACUCUCUGAGCUGCUGUAAUGGGAAGAUGAUGUGUAGCUUUUUUUUUCUCCAGAACAUUUGGUCUGUCAUUUUGACCUGUCGGGGGUGUAGCUGCUGGGAACUGGGAUCCCCACAGCACUUUUAUGGUCACCAAUAAAGUUUUUGAAGUACUUUCUACCUUCUUAGCAAGGCUGGGAUAAUGUUGAGCUCUACCCAAAGGCAGAGGGAUGGAGUCAGAGUGCUUUAUCCUGGUGGAACAGCUGGAUGCUGAGCCUCCUCUGCACCUGUGCUGGGGCUGUUGUUGCUAAGCCACACUAACACCAUUAGCCAGAAGUUACUAGAUUGGAAAGCUCACAAAGAACAAGAAGAUCUUUAAAAGAACAUCAGAGGUUCAAGUUUCCUGUGAAAGGCCAAGUUAGAGAAUGGCUGCAAUAAACCUGAC